AAUCCACUGGCCACUCUGUCGCAUCUUCCGGAGUUUCGCAGAGAUAAAAGGAUUUGUAAGAAUGGAUACCAUCAACAGCUUUUGGCAAUUGGGUGAUCAGCUUCGAGGACAAUCAAAAGUCUCAGAGGAUCAUAAGUGGUUCAUGGCUGCUUCUAAGCUAGCUGAACAGACUAGAGCAAAGGGUGAGCGAAGGAAUAACCUUGAUCUCUCAAAGGCCCCUGCUGACAUAAGGCCGAAAGAUAAUAUGAUGUUCCAGGAGGACAACAAAUUUGAAAGCCUUAACUUCAACAUGUUAAAUUUGGACCCAAAAAUGACUGAAAAUGUGAGCAAGAGCUCCAUCAGGACUGGUAUGUACAGUAUAAAUGCUGUGUAUCAGAAGGGGAAUGUCAACCUUGUAGGGAAUAUGACUGGAAGCAAGUAUAGUGUCAAUAGCCAAAGCAAAGAAGCCAAUGGCAAUAGCAACAGCAGCAGUAGCAACAAUAGCAACAAUGACAACACCAAUGCAAGUGCAAUUGAUAAAAGGUUCAAGACUUUGCCUGCAUCUGAGACACUUCCAAGGAAUGAGAUUCUUGGUGGAUACAUUUUUGUUUGUAACAAUGACACAAUGCAGGAAGAUUUAAAGCGACAAUUAUUUGGUUUGCCACCAAGAUACAGAGACUCUGUGCGGGCAAUAACACCAGGCUUGCCUUUGUUUCUCUAUAACUAUACGACUCAUCAGUUGCAUGGUAUCUUUGAGGCAGCGAGCUUUGGGGGUUCUAACAUUGACCCUACUGCUUGGGAAGAUAAGAAAUGCAAGGGAGAAUCAAGGUUCCCUGCUCAGGUGAGAAUCCGUGUUAGAAGAGUCUGCAAGGCCUUGGAGGAAGAUGCUUUCAGGCCAGUCUUGCAUCAUUAUGAUGGCCCCAAGUUUCGACUCGAGCUCUCAGUUCCCGAGACCCUGGAGCUGUUAGAUCUCUGCGAACAAGCAGGUGUUUAAAGUGCAGUCGCCAGCUCUCCUGCAGGAGCAAGUGCUGGUAGUAUAAGUUGUAGAUCAUCUUGUGGUGGAUGUUAGUGCGUUUGUUUCUCCUAUUUUCUGUGCAGAGCGCAAGCUUGGGAGACUAAAAAAAAAGGGUCCCCCUUGGCGCUUGGAAUGUUUGUUUGUUGGUGACUGACUAGCAGUAAGCCUUAGUAUGGAUGGGUUGUAGAGUGGAGUGGAGUGGAGUGGAGUGAAGUGAAGGAAUAAGCAUAAUUUGUCUUUCUCAAACUGGUAAUGUUAUUGUUCUGGAUAAGAAGAAGAAGAGUACUGGAGAAUUGGAUAUAUCUGCGGAGUGGCCGAUGGCUGUUUUAGUUGAAGUAAAAGAUGAAAAAGCCUUGCCUUUGUUAA